UUCACAUUUUACAUCAGAAAACCCAACAUUUGAUUUAGCGGUUUUCAAGUUAUCAAUAAUUUGGCUCACAAGUGUUUAUUUGUACUGUUUAAUUUUUUUUUAAUUUUAUACACUUAUACAUGUAAUUAUUGUGUAAAUUGUUUGUAAAUUGCUAUAUAGUCAGUUACAUAAUUUUAGUUCUGUCAAAUGCAUACGUUAGCAUACAAACAUAAUAAUGCUCACGAUGAUAGUAUUUGGGCAUGUGAUUGGGGUGAAUUACGAACCACUAAGACUAUAGAUCGAAAUGAUUUUGAUAAAGGUGACGAGUCUGACGAAGAAGUACAAGAACUUUCAUCUGACUGUAUAGUCACCGGUUCAAUUGACGAAACUGUGAAAAUAUGGAGUUAUGAUAAGGCCACCAAUCUCAAUUUGGACAAAACUCUUAGUGAACAUUCACUAGGUGUGAUAUCUGUUGCACUAAAUUCAGAUGCUUCGAUUAUUGCAUCCAGUGCAUUAGAUUCUACAUUAAUGCUAUGGAACACUACGACAGGAGAAAAAAUAAAAACAUUCUCAAUUGGACCUGUCGAAUUGUGGACUAUUGCAUUUUCACCAGAUGACAAUUACAUUAUUUCUGGUAGUCAUUCUGGUAAAAUUAAUUUAUUUGGUGUUGAAACUGGGAAACAAGAACAAACAUUUGACACUAGAGGAAAAUUUACAUUAAGCAUAGCCUAUAGCCCAGAUGGUAAAUACAUAGCUUGUGGUGCUCUUGAUGGCAUCAUAAAUGUCUUUGAUGUAUUGUCCGGCAAACUUACUCAUACACUUGAAGGACAUGCUAUGCCAAUUCGAUCAUUAUGCUUUUCAUCAGAUUCAAAAUACUUAUUAACAGGAGCAGAUGAUGGUCAAAUGAAAAUCUAUGCGGUUCAUCAUGCUGAAGUAUUGGGAACUGUAUCUGGUCAUGGUUCAUGGGUAUUAAGUGUGGACUUUUCUCCAGAUUGUAAAAGCUUUGUUUCAGGCAGUGCUGAUAAUACAGUUAAAGUCUGGGAUGUAGGCAACCGUAGUUGUUUAAAUACAUUAAAAGAACAUAAAGACAAAGUAUGGUGUGUGAAAUAUAACUCGAUUGGAGAUAAAAUGGUAUCAGUAUCUGAUGACGCGUCUAUUAAUAUAUAUUCAUCACUUUAAUUAUCUUACUAGUUUCUAAUGUAUAUAAUACUGACUAAUUUUUAUGUAUUGAUGUAUAUAAUUUAUUAUAAACAAUACACAACUGUUUUAAAU